GAGCAGGCAGAGUAGGAGAGGAGACCGAAGCGCCUCGAAGUGAGUAUGUCUCUUAGGGAUCCUCCAUAUGAACCUCCCUCUGUCUCAGAGCUGCAGGAGUUUCUACUCGCUGACAGACGACCGACUGGACAUGUCAAUCAAGUCUGGCCUAACCUUUACAUAGGCAAUGAGGUAGCAGCUCGUGACAAGGGCACUCUUCACAGUCUGGGCAUUACUCACAUUGUAAAUGCUGCUCAUGGAACCCCCAACCCAGGCCAUGGGCUCUAUUUCUACGUCAACACUGGCCCGCGCUUCUACAGAGACAUGGCAGUGGAUUAUUAUGGUGUUGAAGCUGAUGAUGCAAUGGACUUCAUCCUCAGUCCAUUCUUCUAUCCAACAGCAAGAUACAUCAGAGCUGCACUGGCCAUGGGAGGACGGGUGUUUGUACACUGUUUGAUGGGUGUGAGCCGAUCUGCAACCUUGGUGCUGGCCUUUUUGAUGAUUGUUGAGGGCCUGAGGCUGCAGGAGGCAGUAGCCGCUGUCAGGCCGCACAGAGACAUCUGCCCAAACCCAGGCUUCCUGCAGCAGCUCCGCAGCCUCGACAUGAGCCUGGAGAGAGAGAGGAGGAGACGAAGACAGGCCCAAACACUGUAA